UAGCCUAUUUCUGGGGAACAAAUUAUCCAUAGAGACUUGAAAGUCAGUAAUAUUUUUCUUGAAGCUUCCAAUAUCUUGCUUGAUGGGGUAAGUUCUCAAGCCCCAAAAUAUAUGCUUGAUGAGGUUAGUUCUUCAUUGUCCACCCUUUCCUUUCCUUGUUUGCUAUUUUGUGUCGUGCUUUAUUUAAUUUGUUCCCAUAGAUAAAAUUAGAAGUGGUUGCCUACAGGAACACAACUGCCUAUUUUGAAUGAAUGGUUUAAAUUGUUAUUUGGACCUCAUUUGUAUUUGUCUUAUGCAGAUUCACAAUGGAAGCAUAUUCUCGGAUUAUGAGUUGGUGCCCCAUGCAAGCUUGGAAAAUCACCUUUUUGAAAUAGGGAGCCCUGGCAUGGAACCCCUAUCUUGGAACAAAAGACUGGAUAUAGCUUCUGGAGUAGCUCAAGCCCUAGCCUACUUGCACACUUUUUCACCGAAUCAAUUUGUCCACAGUGACCUUAAGGCCUCCAAUAUCUUGCUUGAUGGGAAUUACAAUGCAAAACUCUCAAAUUUUGGAUUAGAAAGACUUGGGAAAACUGGUGAACUGUCACAUCAAUCAACUCACUCUGUAGGAACAUCUCUUUAUAUUGAUCAAGAGGAAAUUACAACAGGUCAUUCUUAUGUAAAGAGCGAUGUGUAUAGGUUUGGUGUUACACUACUUCAGUUGCUGACGGGAUUACAGGCCAUUGAGAGAAAUCGUCCCAGGGAAUGGCAAAAUCUGAUUGAAUGGGGUAAACCACUACUCUUGAAUGAAAGAAAUUUGAAAACUAUCAUGGACGUGCGGAUAGAGGGCCAAUAUUCCUCCAAGGCAGCAUUUCGAGCAGCACAAAUUACUCUAAAAUGCCUAGCAUUGGAUCCCAAAAGCCGACCUUCCAUGAAAGAAGUUGUGGAAGAACUGGAGCAAAUUCAGGCAAUAGAGGAAAGAAUAAAGCAAUCUGAAAACACCAGUAUGCCCAGCAGUGAGCACCGGGAUUUAUAACCGAGGUUGAAGGUGCCAUGCCCCCAGAUGGUUCCUUUAUGUAGAUAUUUCUUGACUGCUUAUGAGAUGUAAAACAUGUAAUGUUAAUUUCACACCCCACAAGACAAUGUGUUAACUCUGCUUCAUGUGGAAUUUAUG